UUGGCAGUGGUUCUCCCCAGCACUCUGCAUCUCUCCAGCAGCGGACUCAAGGACCUGUGUGACCACCUCGACGUGCAACAGAAGGCUCUCUGACAAUACCGGACCGUACAACGCACAGGACAACUUCCCCUCACAAUAUUACGCAUGGCUCUGCCUUUGCGCAAAAGCGCGACUCUAACAGCGACUUGGAAGUAACUGAUGGGAUUGUAAGACAAAAAAGGCAGGGGCAACUAGAAAAAGACGAUUUGAGGAUUUUUCAAGAGGUUAUUCUCUUUGCGCAAAUAAUGAUCUCCAAAUGCAUAAAGGGGCACUUCAUUCUUACCGUGUAAUUAUCCUGCUGUAGGUGUAGCUCCGACGCAUAACCAGAAAUUCAAAUUUGAAACGGAGAUGGAUCUGUGGGGAGUUUAUCUCUUUCAUCUUAUAACUUUGGCUCUGUUAGAGGUUGUACAUGCCAGUAGAGACUGCUUGGUGGCCGGAGACUCGUGCUCGAGUGAUGAGACUUGUAGUCCACGUCUUCGUACUUUGCGCCAGUGUGUGGCAGGCAAUGGCAGCAUGAAACUGGGCCCGGGCGCCAGGAGCCAGUGUGCCAGUGCCGUGUCUGCUCUGCUGUCCAGUCCUUUACAUGGCUGCCAAUGUAAACGAGGAAUGAAGAAGGAGAAGAACUGUCUAAGCAUCUACUGGAGUCUGCACCAGUCUAUCAUACAUGGACUCAAGCUGGUGGAGAGUUACCCUUAUGAGACAGUGGAGAGGGAUUACAACUAUGUCCGCUUGGCCUCUAUUUCUGCUGACUCUGAUGUUGGCAUGACAACUGUGAAUCGCUGCCUGGAUGCAGCCAAGGCUUGCAAUGUGGACGACUUGUGCCAGAAGCUCCGCACAGAAUAUGUCUCGGCUUGUAUCAAACCCACUGCCAAGUCAGGCCUGUGCAACCGGCCCAAAUGCAAUAAGGCCCUGCGCAGGUUCUUUGACCGUGUUCCUGCUGAUUAUACACAUGAGCUGCUCUUCUGCCCAUGUACGGACACAGCCUGUGCAGAGCGUCGAAGGCAGACCAUUGUGCCCAGCUGCUCGUAUGAAACGGUGGAUAAACCCAACUGCAUUGCACAGAUGAGGAUCUGCAAAGCUGACUAUGUGUGCAGGUCUCGUCUGGCACAGUUUCAGUAUGACUGUGAACCGUCCAAAACAUCUGCCAGUGGCUGCAAGCAAGAGAACUAUAGAGCCUGCCUCCUUGCCUACACAGGGCUUAUAGGAAGUACAAUAACUCCCAACUAUGUUGACAACUCCACGUCCAGCGUAGCCCCAUGGUGCUCAUGCUCAGCCAGUGGGAGCCAGAGAGAAGAGUGUGAGAAUUUCCUGGGAUAUUUCACAGACAACAUCUGUCUCAGUAAUGCGUUCAUGAUGUUUGGAAGGGAAUCAGACCAACAGCCGACUCACAGCCAGUACAGCACAACCAGCCAAGGCAGAAGAGAAAACAGCAGCACCACCUCUCCACCCGGAACCAUAGAAACUAUGAGGAACAUUCUGGAUACAAUAAUACCAACACAGGUCUUGGGAAAUGAAUUACUGGUGGGCCACUCCACCAUGUCAUCUAACAGUCUCCUAAACGCUGCCUCACCUCACAGUCUAAUGCUUCAAGCUGCCUUCAGCCUUCUGUUGCUACUCCUUCAAAUCCUUAUCAAUGAACGCUAAAGAGCACAGGGGGCAUGCCAAGGAUUCUCCUAGUACCAAGCAAAUGGGAGCACCUGUGCAGUUCAGAGGAAGUGGACCGUGUGGCGCUAUUCCUCCCUCUAAAUUUGUACAGCGAUUCUGUUCUUCUAUUUUUCUCUCUAAAUAGUCCGGUUCCACCUGUCAGAGUUCUCAUUCUGAGUGUGGGAGCCUUUGACAGACAGAUGCCUGUAUGUGCAUUUGUAUAUUAUUGUGAUCAAGCUGAAAUGAAGUCAAGGUGCUGCUUCUGUGGACUAGCUAAGUUUUCAGCUAUCUCUGUGUAUCUCUAUUCAGUUAUAUUAUAACAAAUGUGUAUGAUAUUUAGACAUGAAGUAUGUACUGUGAAGAUUUGUAUUAUAAACAGAGGCUCUUGUUUAAAUAUGGUUCUGAAAAAUGACUGGAGCAAACUUUGUAUGUGCUCUGUGGAUAAAGUGUUCAGAAAGCUGCUGUCUCUUCAACUGAGUGAAAGAGGACCAUUAUACCUGACCAAUACUGGAACUGUCGAGCGACCAAGAGACAACAGAGCUGCAUUUCACUCAGACAUCCUGGACUAAUGCACUGAUUCCAAAAAUGUCUAGCACAACUAUCAAGAAGAGAUGUGGCGAGAACAUAAGAAAAACCUUGACAUCAUCAUCAUCUUUUCCAUUGAAACUGUCCCUUUCUCAAACUCCCCAGCAACAUUUCACUUUUUAUCGCUAAAACCUCAGAAGCUGUUGAUAGAAAAUAGAAGUCCUUGGUCUUUAUCAGCGAAGGUGACUUCUGGGAAUUGAAAGGAAAUAACCAGAGAAGCUGAGACUCUUUGCCUGUAGCUGCUGUGCUUUGUGUUUGUGAGUGCAAUGGCCCUUUGUUUCUCAUUGUGUAAGUGACCAUUUCUAUACAGCGCUCUGAAUUUUUGUGCCGGAGAACAAAGGGAAUGGUUUUACUUAUUGAGGUGUCACCUACACCAGUAGGGAGCCUGUUAGAGAUUUGACAGUAAUGAAUGAUUCAGUAUUUCCUGUCUGGGAACAUGCCAACCAGAGGAGUAGCAAAUAAAAGUUCUCCGAUCAUUAUGAAUACAUUUUGCUAUUAUUCAACCUUUUCUAAUUAAAUUAGCAAUGUUUAGUGCUGUUGAAGUUAACACUAUUAGGUUACAAUUUCACUCCAUAUUUUUUACACUCACCAGAGUUUGAGAACCACUGACAGCUAAACUAACAGUCAUAAAACCUAUGAGGUACUAUCAAGUGAUUAUUUGAAGUAAGAAUAUAACAGGAUUUACAUAAUAAUUCAGCCCUUUUGACAAAGUCUGAUCUGUCUUAAGCCGAUAAAUUGCUUCAUAUUGGAGAUGCGCUUAUAUCUUGCUUCGAAUUCCUUAACGGCUAUUUGAAACUAAUUUUAAAGGCAUUCAAUAUAUUAAUUAUACAUACUUAAAUAAGUUAAUUAUUUGAAAACUGUAUUGAUUUUUGCUGCUCUUACUAGCUAUUACCAACAGUAGAUACAACUAGUGUUACAUGUUACUGCCAAAGACUAAAUAAGACAAUACAAAAUUCACUAAUUUACCAUACCAUCAUAGCUGAACAUGUUGCAAAACAUAUUUUUUUUUAAAGGAAAGCCCUUAUUCAUAAGAGGCUCA